ACUGGGAAUGAAGCAAGCAAGCAAGCAUGCGUGCAUGCUGGGGUACAUACAUUAGUUUUUCUCAAACAUUUGUCUCCUGAAACCUGCUGCUUGAUAUAUGCUUGGAGAAAUUGCCCACCGCAAAGGCAGCGUCUGCACCGGAAGAGCGGGCUCGAGGUGAGUCAUUCUCCCUGCUAGAUGUAUGGGGUGAACUCAUGUCUUGGACAUUGUUUCUUUUUGUUGCUUAUUACAAUGGUUUUAGAGAUUAUCAAGUGCUUUUCCAGGGUCAGCAGUCUUCAGCCCAACAAUCAAUGCCGUCCGUGUCCCUUGGCUGUUUUUUUCAACCAAACGUCUCGCUCCACAGCAGCUAGCCAGCCAGCAAGCAAGUUUGGCUAACACCAACAUCCACAAGCAGAAGAAAAGGAACUUACCUUUGUCCUAGGGCGAGGGAGUCGAAACAUUUUCCAGGAUGAUUAGGACUUGUCAUGAAUGACUCAAUAAUUUCCACACACUUUUUGAGUUUAUUGAGUGUUUUUGGAGUUGCUUUUAUUCAGCCCAAACAUUUCUAAAUCACCACCCUCGACUCAACUUGCUUUUGGAGUUGGAACAUCCACAUAGAGUUUGCAGUAAUACUUCUCUACUUGAUGAUCAAGGUCAUGUCUUCAGGUUCUAAAUUUGCGUAUGCAACUGAUACUCUCCUUCCGGGCCAAUUUCUAAGUGGUAACCAGACCUUGCUUUCGAAAAAUGGUGCCUUCAAGUUGGGUUUCGACUGCCUGUUUCCUCCUUGUGGUUAUGAUUCUACGUUUGGCAUAUGGUAUAUUAAGUCAUCAGCUUGUCGCCCUCUUCUAGUUUGGUCGCCCUUAGGUGAUUCCACAAACUGUUACCCUGUGUACUCGAGCUUUGGCUUCACAACCUAUGGCAACUUAGAACUAGACUGUAUUCCAGUUAGCGGUGGAAUAAUUCCUGGAUGGUCAUCAUAUCCGUAUUCAUCAGAAGUUAUAAAUAGUACUACUACUUCUCUACUCACAGUGCUUCUUGACAAUGGAAAUCUCGUAAUAAGAGAUCCAGUGAAGAGUUCACUGGUGAUCUGGCAAAGCUUUGAUAAUCCAAUUGGUACACUGCUGCCUGGAGGAUGGCUGGGAUUUAAUAGAAACACGAGCAACAACAUCUUCCUUAUUCCCCAUGCUUCUGUUAUAUCCUGGGAUUACAACUAUGGUUUAGUUCUGGCUAUGAAUCCAAACCAAGGUGGAGGGUUUAUUGUCGAACAGAUUGAUGAAUAUGUUUCCAAUAAGGAAGAUUAUCAUGAAAUUUAUCACGGCACUUUCCCCAGCUGGAUGGGGAUACAUCAAGAUGGAGGCAAUUUUCUCCUGUUCAGCGAUGCACGUGUAUAUGUACAGCUGAAUAACGGCGGUACUAUGACUGCAGCUAAACUUGGGGAAUGUGGAUCUGUGUUGUGGUCUGCUCAUGCUCCACAUAUUCACAAGAUACAAAUUGUUAUUUCAACAGUGAUAGUUGUGUUAACCCUCGUCCUCACUGGUCUAGUUCUUUUGCGGAUAAUCCAGAAGAAGUCAUUUAUGGACAGACCGGUGAAUUCGAACAGCAGCCUCACGAUCUUCUCAAACGCCCAGAUAAAGAAAGCUACCGGAAAUUUCUCGGUAAAGCUUGGAGAAGGAGGUUUUGGCUGUGUUUUCAAGGGAACAUUGCAAGGUUCCUCUGUGGUGGCUGUCAAGAAGCUAAAAGAAUUUGGACAAGGGGAGAAGCAAUUCCGAGCGGAAGUGCAAACGAUUGGAAUGAUCCAACACAUCAAUGUUGUUCGUUUAUUUGGAUUUUGUGCCGAAGGAAGUAAAAGGCUGCUGGUGUACGAGUGCAUGGAGAAUGGAUCUUUGAGUUCUCAUCUGUUUUCGAAAAGCCCGGCAGCUUUGGGCUGGGAGGUCCGGUACCGGAUAGCACUUGGAACUGCAAGAGGCUUGGCUUACCUGCAUGAGGGAUGCACGGACUGUAUCAUACACUGUGACAUGAAGCCGGACAAUGUACUCCUUGACGCAGAUUUCUGUCCUAAGGUUGCAGACUUUGGUUUGGCCAAACUUCUUGGCCGGGAUUUUAGCAGGGCAUUGACAACGAUGCGUGGGACCAUCGGAUACCUUGCGCCGGAGUGGAUCUCAGGGCUACCGAUCACGCAUAAGGCUGAUGCCUACAGCUACGGAAUGAUGCUUCUUGAAAUCGUAUCGGGGCGAAGGAAUGCGGAGAAAAUCAAACAGGGGAGGUUUACUUACUUUCGCAUCUUUGCUGCAGUCAAGGUGAAUGAAGGAGAUGUUAUGUGCCUGCUGGAUAGCAGGUUGGAAGACGAUGUGGAUGUGGAUGUGGAGCAGCUGAUCAGGGCUUGCAGAACUGCAUGCUGGUGCAUUCAGGAUGCUGAAGAUCAUAGGCCAAUGAUGGGGCAAGUUGUUCAGAUGCUUGAAGGCGUUCUGGAUGUCCAAGUACCUCCCGUUCCAAGGUCGCUCCAGAAUUGGGUGGGCAUGGACGACUGCUCUCGCUCUACUGAUUUAUAUAGUCUCUGAAUUCUCCUGUUUCUAUAUGUCGAAAUGUAUGUCAAGAAUUAAGCUACUAUCAG